CACUGUUCUCCGACUGAAUUUUCCGCCUAGCCCAUGAAUAGGGUCAUUAUUGCAGCAGUGGCCGCUGCACUGAGCCUCACUUUCUGCUCCCACGGUCCCCUCCCAGGCCCUGGGGGAGGGGGAGGCAGAGCAGGAAGGUGAGGAGUUCUGGGAAGUCCCUGGGGAGCAGAGAGUCUCUGGGAUAGCACUGGGGAAACACUUCGGAGCAGGCUCCGCCCCACCACCGCGCCCCACGCCCAGCCUGUUAUAAACAGGAGGCUGCUUGGCUACCUCGGGCCACAGCCCACUUUGUCACCUGCUAGAAGUGCCAUCAACACUGCUACAGUCACCGCUGUUGCAGCCGCCAGCACCAGAGGAUGGAUGCCCAUGCACAGGGAGGGUGCAGCCUCAAGAUGCAGGCUGAAGGCACGGGCCAAACAGUGGGUGGGGGGCCAGGAACCUGGACAUGCCCCCAGGCAUCCCCACCGACGCUGCCCGAGGAGGAACAUGGAGAGAGGCUGGUAGAGCUGCACGCCUCCUUCAGGGAGCUGGUCACCUUCUUCUGCACCAACUCCACUAUCCACGGCACCAUCCGCCUUGUUUGCUCCAGCCAGAACCGCCUCAAGACGGCCUCCUGGGGGCUACUGCUGGCAGGAGCCCUGGGCGUGCUCUACUGGCAGUUCGCACUCCUCUUCGAGCAGUACUGGCGUUACCCGGUCAUCAUGACAGUGUCUGUGCACUCGGAGCGCAAGCUCUUCCCAUCGGUCACUCUGUGCGACAUGAACCCACACCGGCCACACUUAGCCCGCCACCAUCUGCGGGUUCUGGAUGACUUUGCCCGGGAGAGCAUCUACUCCCUGUAUCGGUUCAACUUUAGCAACAGCAUGGACGCCCUGGGGGCCGAGGUCCCAGGUCCAGAGCCCGCCUUCCAUCUGGACCGUAGGAUCCGCCUGCAGAGGCUGAGGCCCUUGCAUGGCCAGAACAGAGUGGGCUUCAAACUGUGUAACAGCAGUGGCGGCGACUGUGUUGAGCGGGCCUACUCCUCUGGCGUGGUGGCCGCCCGGGAGUGGUACCGCUUCCACUACAUAAACAUCCUGGCCCUGCUGCCCGCUGCCCAUGAGGACAGCCACGGCAGCCACUUUGUCUUCUCCUGCCGCUACGAUGACCGGGACUGCCAUGCCCAGCACUUCCAGACGUCCCACCACCCCACCUAUGGCAGCUGCUACACCUUCAACAGUGUCUGGGCAGCACAACGGCCGGGCGUCACCCACAGGAUCAGCCUGGUCCUCAGGGCUGAGCAGCUGGACCACCUCCCUCUACUGUCCACGAAGGCUGGCAUCAAGGUCAUGAUCCACCCACAAGACCACACGCCCUUCCUGGAGCAUCAGGGCUUCAGCAUCCGGCCAGGGACGGAGACCACCAUUGACAUCCGUGAGGACGAGGUGCACCGGCUCGGGAGCCCCUAUGGGCAGUGCAUGGUCAGCACAGGCAGCGUGGACGUGCAGCUACUGUACAACACCUCCUACACCAGGCAGGCCUGUCUGGUCUCCUGCUUUCAGCAUCUGAUGGUGGAGACCUGCUCCUGCGGCUACUUCUUCUACCCUCUGCCGGCGGGAGCCGAGUACUGCAGCUACAUGCGGCACCCAGCCUGGGGUCACUGCUUCCACCACCUCUACCAGAAACUGAAGACCCACCAGCUUCCCUGCACCACCCGAUGCCCGCGGCCUUGCAGGGAGUCUUCGUACAAGCUCUCUGCCGGGACCUCCAGAUGGCCUUCCUCCACAUCAGCUGACUGGGUCCUGGCUGUGCUGGGUGAGCCAAGCCGACGGAACCCAUGGCCACCUUCUGCUUCUAUCAAGUCCUGGCCGCUGCCCCUGCCCUCCUUACCCUCCAGGGCCUGCACAGAGGGCCCCACCAGCAGGUCUGGGGCUCAACCCCUCUCACCUGAGCCCUGCCCCAGCAUCAGCCUGGCCAAGGUGAACAUUUUCUAUCAGGAGCUCAACUACCGCACGGUGGAUGAGACGCCGGUCUACUCGGUGCCACAGCUGCUCUCAGCCAUGGGCAGCCUCUGGAGCUUGUGGUUCGGUUCUUCCGUCCUCUCAGUCGUGGAGGUGCUAGAGCUGCUGCUGGACGCCAUGGCCCUCACCCUACUGCUGUGCUGCCGCUGGCUCCGUGGGUCUCGGGGCCAGCCCAGGGCGGCCACAAGGGUGCACCCUCCGAGCCAGAGGCCAGCCAGUGGACCAGUGGCUGCAGGCACAACGUCGAAUGCCCCGGGGCCUGGCUGCCUUCACCUCCCAAGAUGCUGCCGGGACUUCGGCAGGAGUCUCGACUGA